AGUCCAACAGGCAACAAAGGAAAGCAAGGGAAGCUGAAUAAAACUAUAAAAGCCCCCCCUCACUUCACUGCUUUUCCUAUUUCACUGUGGAUCAUCAUCGCAAAGCUGGCUCCUUUUUGGUGAGAGAGAUCCCUUGCUGGAUUCAACAGUUUCUUCCCCAGAUGGGUUCAUCUGAUUCUGAUCGAUUGUUCAAUAGGCAGAGAGCUCUUCAUGAAAUCCUCGGAGGUGGCCUGGUUGCAGAUGUGAUACUGUGGAGGCGAAAGAAUCUAACUGUGGGGAUAUUGUUGGUUGCACUGGCUGCUUGGAUCGUCUUUGAAAGAUCUGGUUAUACUCUUUUGUCGCUUGUUUCUAAUGUUCUCCUCCUCCUUAUAGUCAUUCUUUAUCUUUGGGCGAAAUCAGCAGCAAUUCUCAAUAGACCAGCUCCACCUCUACCACAGUUGCAUCUAUCAGAGGAAAUGGUCAAUGAAGUUGCAACUUUCAUCCGAACUAAUGCAAAUUAUGUGCUUUCAGUUUCCCAGGAUAUUGCCCUGGGCAAGGACUCAAGAUUGUUCUUGAAAGUAGCCAUGUGCCUGUGGUUGAUUUCUGCAGUUGGAGGCCUCACUGAUUUUCUCACCCUGACUUACGCUAGCCUUUUUAUUACUCUCACUGUGCCAGCACUUUAUGAAAGGUAUGAAGAUUUCAUUGACAGAUAUAUCUUGAUGGGCUAUCGGAAAUCAUUCCAAUUGUAUGCGAAAAUAAAUGAAGAAUAUAUCAGCAAAGUGCAAAACUGGAUUUUGGAGAAGAAAAAGCUGAGCUGAUUUUUCUUACCGUUUUGGUAACUUAUUUCCAUUCUUUUCCUAAAUGUUUCUUGGAGAAUCAUCGGUGAGAGUUUAAUUGGAGUGUGGAGCAUGGUGAUGACUUCCCAGAACCUAUUUGUAAAGAAGUGAUUUUUGCGUUCUCCAUCUUUGAUGUGGAUCUAAUAGGUUUAAGUUUAACCUGAGAAAAGAUACUGGUGCGAGAGAGUUUGGGACUAUCUACAAACACUUCAGGGAAUGUGCUGUUUGCAAGUAUAGCUUUUUUCUUGUAAUAUAUUUGCGUCAUUCACACCUGAACCUUAAUUAUCUCCAUGAAACUGUUUGUAGAGUUGAUGGCAGUCAAAAUGUUGCAUCAUCUUUUUUGCUUGGCAAAUAGAUGGCAUGAGGCAUCUCCCCCUGCCAACUUUCACUUCGAUGAUUUUUUGGGAUACUAGUAUAGGAGUGAAGUCGUAAAUUUAUUAUGGUAAUGUGAGCGAUUGUGUUGUUUAGAAUUUAGAUCCUUUGAGAAGCGAAUUUUAUGAUUUUGUUAA